AUGCUGAAAUCGACUGGCCCGCAACCCAAGUUGGUGUACCUGCCAUGGGACGGUGCUAUGCGUAGAGGAAUUCUGGUCGGAUGGAUGGACGCAGAGGAACGUCAGGCUGUCAUUGCGUACACUGCUCUCGAUCCGGGUCUGCCGUCGCCAAUGGACUUGGCAGAGAUGCAACGCCAGCUGCUGACUGCCGAUCCGGGAGUACGCGCGCCAAGCACGCCGCUGAGCGUUCUCGGCCGCGCGUUUUGCCGCCAAUGUGAAGCGGCAGCUCCGUUCUCGCACAACUCCUUGUCUGGCGCCACCGGGAUGACCUUGGCACUGGCACAGUGUACAGAUUGCUCAGCCAACUCUGCCGCCAUUCGCUCACCAUUGACUGGCUUGCUCCCAGCACAGUGGCCCGAGGCGCAAUUUGGCACCCAGCCAGCACGCCUCAUCUUCUUUACUCGACCAACCGCCAAGCAGUAUUAUUCAGCAACACCGCUCGAGCUCUCUGCACACGCCACGUCAUCAUCGGAACUAGCUGCACGUGCCUCGCCAGUCGACGACGCGCUGUGUUGGAUGAAUCUAUCGGCAGGCUUGUCGCCCGUUGAUGGCGCACUCAUUCUACCCUCCUCGGUCCAACUAGAACCGCGUGCCGUCGCCGAGCAGCGGCCAUCGCUUAGUUGGAGGGCCUUUCUGGCCUUCCUAUUCCUCGUGGAGUGGAUUUGCAAGCCGAUACAGGCGGUCUUGCAGCAGCCGAUUGGUAUUCCGCGGAUUUAUGCAGCUCCGCUUUGUUCCAUUUCAUCGACCGGCUUUCAGCUCAACGUGCGGAUUCAACAGCUGCGCUCCUUUCGAGCCGCCAUGCAAAGCCUUCCUCUUGCGUGGCACAAGAGCCACGCCACUUCGUCUCAUUUCAUCCGGCAAUUCAACACGCUCUGGCUCUUCCUCAACGAUGUCAUUUUCGGAGUGCAUUUCGGUUGGGCUCUCAUUGCAAACAUGCCCGCAGUACUUGUUGUGCUCGACCACUGGAUGCAGAACUUUUUGCACGACUCCAUGAUUGCUCGCGUGCAUUGGCUGAUGGGCGAGCCAGCAGGCAUCAAGAUGAACGAACCUCUUGCCACGACACUCGGCAGCGCCAUGCUGCAGCUGAUCGAGGUGUGGUCUGUGUGGCUGCACCUGCUCCGGCCGUACUUGCCGCUGGUGCUCUACGCAAUCGCCUUUUCUGGGCUUAUUGGAGGCUCGAUGGUCUUGUCCCUGGUCUUGGACUUGAUUGGGCUGCUCUCGUUGCAUCUCAAGAUCUCGUACGUUGUUUUGGCCCGCAUCUAUCGCUGGCAGCUCACUGUGCUGGCGUCGUUGUGGCGUUUAUUCCGCGGCUUGAAAAGCAACGCUUUGCGCAAUCGCAUCGACUCGAACGAGUUUUCUGUCGAGCAACUUUUGCUCGGAACGGGCGGCUUUACCAUCUUGCUGCUGCUGUUUCCAACACCAGCAAUGUUUUACUUGUACACUCUCUUGCUUCAAUCUUCCAUCGUGCUCCUCCACCUGAUUCUCAGCACCCUGAUCGAAGCGUUGAAUAGCUUCCCGUUGUUUACAUUGAUGCUUUUUACGAAGGACACGAUGCGAAUACCAGGCGGCGUGUAUUUUGAGAUUGCCGAUGCAAAGUUUGCCCAGUCCCCUCUUGAACUGAAGCACAAACCGCUAGCGUUCUCGUCUGUUUUCGUCGAGUAUGGCCACACCAUUGCCGACGUGCUUGCUCGCUACCGCCCAUCCUUCGUUCUGCGUAGUUUGCUACGUGGAGAUGCCAUUCUUUCACUACAAACCCGGGCAAACCAUUACGCUUGA